UACACGUCCGUUAAUGUCCGCCGCCAUUUGCAAUUGCUCGCCAUCGCUCGGUAAGGGCCCUGCAGCGCACGACAGGCACGGCACAUGCGGUUGCAUGCGGUUGCCGUUCCACGCCGUACGCCGUCCGCCUCUCACGAGCCUCAUCUGUUGACGCAGUCUCGCGAUGUUGCAGUCGUCACGAGUCGUCAGAACCCGCCGUCCGUUAACCGUCUGUCAAACGCUGCAUGUAGGAUUCCGCAUCGGCCAUUUGAAGUCACUUGGAGUAACUCACCGGCGCUGUUUCAUCGACGGUUAGCGUGCAUCGAAGAAGUCGUUGAAUCUUUUCCUCCCCUUUCUACUUGCCUUUGCACUGUUCGCCUUCGUGCAGCCAUGGCCUCCUCCAACCGUGGCAUUCAGAUCGGAUCCGGUUGGUUCCAGACCAAAAUUAAUCUUAGACCACAGCACCGGGGCGUUCAUCUAGUCACCGAGGAGAUUCUCAGGCAGGUACCUGAGCUCUGCCAGUUUUCCAUUGGUCUCUGCCAUAUCCAAAUUCUGCACACCUCAGCUAGUUUAGCAUUAAAUGAGAGCUGGGAUCCAGAUGUGAGAGACGAUAUGGAAAUGAUGCUUAACAAAAUAGUCCCUGAAGGUUUGGAGUACAGGCAUAGCUGCGAAGGACCUGACGAUAUGCCGGCGCAUGUGAAGGCUUGUUUCCUGGGCUCAUCAUUGAGCAUCCCAAUCACCGACGGCAAGUUGGCACUGGGAACAUGGCAGGGCAUUUGGUUAGGUGAACAUCGCGAUCACGCUGGUAGUCGUAAGCUAGUAGUAACAUUGACUGGUGUCCUGCGGGAUUCGGCGCGCAGUCCCUUGAGCCCAGUUAGCCCUAUCGCGUCUACCAGCAGCUAGGACCACUCGCACCCCCGAAGGCGUGGCAAGCGUCAGCCGCGUGCGUCCACCUCAAGCGACUCGAGCUAGCAGCCGCUUUAAGUCCUAGUCAACUUCUAAGAGUACAAUCUAUUGAGGAGGAAUGAGCCGAAUACCUCGCGGACUUACCUAUCGCUCGGGGAUAACCACCGUCAGUAGCGAUCAACCGUGUCCUCGAUGUUUCGUGUCAUUCAUCGAGUGAACAGACCGGAGAUCGUGCAUCGUUCAAGACUUGUGUGCGCGCGUGUAUGUGCUUUAGGAUUUUAUUUGUGUCUCCGAUAUUGUUUUGCAUGAACAUUCUUCUUCAUUCAUGUGAUGAUGAGCCAUUGGGAUUGUCUGUCACCAAAAGUCGGCAAAAGUUUCCUAGACAGAGGAAUCCAUGGGACGACCUAAGGUUUUCAACCUGGAUGUUACCCUUACAACUCAGCAACUCACAUUUUAAGGGAACUUUUCUUAAAUGGUCACAUUAAGAUAUAAAAAAAUUUGCAUUUGGCAUUUGAAGAUACAAAAGACUAUCUUUUAAAGCUGUUUCUAUAUAUUCCGAAAAUUUGGAAGCUAAAAUCUUUGCAACAACUCAGAAUGCUUCCCUUGUUCUUCAUUUCUGGCAUUUUGUUUAGCUUGUAUAUUUGUCACGUUGGACAUUCACAACAUACAAUAAUAAUAAUAGUAAUAAUAAUAAUAAUAAAAUAGAUGGAUAUGAAGAGAUAGAGAAAACAGAGAUGAAGAAAAAACUGCCACGGCAGAUGCGUGCAUUGCACGUGUCUCAUGUAAACAAAACGAAUUAAACGCGAAUAUCCAGCACUCUUCCGCUUUGUUCUUGAAGAGAGAAGAAAGUAAAAAGCGAGACACUCUAAGGAAAGCAAUUUGAGAAAAAAGAGAAAUGAAGGGAAAGAACACACAAAUUUAUGCAUUCCGGAAACGCGUCCAAUACUCCGAAUUUACGUAGCUUUAUUUAGGAAAUCUUUUGUAUAAACAAAGUUAACGAAUAUGAGCAGCCGUGCAAGAACUCACAGUAUCCUUUUUUACACUCUGCUAUCUUUGAGCUGUCCGAAAACGAGAGACAAAGGAGAGGGAUUUUAAAAAAGCAAGAUCAACAAGAGUGAGAGAGUGUAAGGUACGCGUUGCGCACUUUCUAAACCGCUUUAAAAAUGAUUAGGAGCUCUAAAUUAAUUGCUCGUGAAUACUGAUGUUUCCAUCGCAUUGGAGGUGUGUGUAUAUGUAUAUAAGGGGAGAAGGGGCUAUGAUACUCUUACCUGUGCGCGUUUCCGCUAUAAAGUUAUAGGAUAUGUUAUAUUUCAUGGGCACACAUAGCGCGAUUAUACAGUCUUAUGUGAAUUAUAGCGCAUAUGCAGAGUGCGCAAAAAAUUUAAGUAUAUAAAUACUACAAGAGAAAAAUUGGCGAAAAACUAAGUAAUAACAAGUUAUAACAAGUGAUACUUUUUUUCGAGUAACAAUUUUUUUGAUACAACAGUUCAGAGAUUUUAUCAAUCGUGAACUGCAGUAAGAGUCACCUCUGAAUCAUGCGUUAAAUAGUGCUAAUGAUUGCUAAAAAUUAUACAUUGAUAUCGUACAUCUCAUUCGACUCUUUAGCAACUUAUGAUUUGAUCAAAUUAUAUGUCUAUAUUCAAAAAUUAUUACUUAAUAUUGCAUGUACUUCUUGUUACUUAAAUCCUUGCAAAUUUUUCUGCUAAAGGCAAGUUCGAAUUUUAUACCAUUCUGUAUAAUAUUUCAAUUAAAGCAACAUUGCUAUGUUGCAUUGCUCGAAAAAUCGAUUGCAUCAACGUCGAUCAUAUUUUCUUUUGUUAUAUUACAGCUACCAUAAUAUACUGCCCUAUUGAGUUACGAAAAACUCAAUCAUUUUAUUAUUUUCCGACAUUAAAAUAUUUGCAAAUUGCGAAAUUGUUUUGCGUUACAAGAUACAAUUUAUUAAAAUAUUAAAGACAUUUUU